AUGUCUUUCAAUAUGCUCGACCGGAUCGAUACCACUCGCCGGAGGGUCUUGAAUGGGUUGAACCGUAGAUACAUUUAUGGACGUUUGCCUCUACUACACACGAUCCUGUUCUUGAUAGAAAUGGCGGUUACCAUGAGGCUGGCAGCCAAAUUCAACUCCUACUAUGCAGACAAGCCAGUUUUAACAACAAUGGUGACGAACGCCGUUCUAGGUGGAAUUGCGGAUACAGUGGCGCAGACUAUCACAGCUUUUCGGAUGCGAUCGAUGAACCGGUCGACGGACCCGGACAGUGGAGUUAUAUCAAUCGAGAUUCAAGAUUUUGAUAAGGAGAAGCCUCCUCAAUGGGGGGAGUUGGGAUAUGCGAAGAAUCGUCCUGCGCCAUUUGAUUUUGAGCGAUUGACUCGAUUUAUGGCGUACGGUUUUUUUAUGGCUCCCAUUCAAUUCCAAUGGUUCAAGUUCCUAUCACGUGCCUUCCCUAUCACGAAGACGUCAGCAACGGGCCCGGCAUUUAAGAGAGUGGCUGUUGAUCAGCUAAUGUUCGCGCCUUUCGGUCUGUUCUGCUUUUUCACUUUCAUGACAAUAGCUGAAGGAGGUGGUCGACGGCAACUUAUGAACAAGUUUCGCGAUGUUUAUCUGCCGACAUUGAAGGCAAACUUUAUUCUAUGGCCUGCUGUCCAGGUACUCAACUUUCGCGUUGUUCCCAUCCAGUUUCAGAUUCCGUUUGUCUCCACUGUUGGAAUUGCAUGGACAGCAUACCUUUCGCUCACCAACUCAGCGGAAGAAGAGUAA